AUGCCUCUCUUCCGGGCCUCUGGACCCAGCGCCCCGGGCAAGUCUGGAGCCACGUCAGGGGGCAAGCACAGGAUGAAGAAAUGGAGGGAAACCAAUGAAGACAGAACUGUUGCUUCACUGACCCAGAUGUGUCUGGUUAGCCUCGCUGACAACAUGAAAGAGUUGUGGGCGAAGGACUAUACGGAAAACUACAUGGAUCGGUACCUUUUUAGGCACAUUAUGGGGCCUUUCAACAUACUACCGGGUGAUCUGGUGGAGGAGCUGACACAUCUUCUGUGCUCCAGGAGACAGCUGUCCAGAGCGGCGCUCCAUCUCCUGCUGGUCCCUCAGCUCCGUGGCUUGUCGUUGGGAAGCUGUCCUGGUGUAGUCACCCCUACCCUCUGCACCCUCAUCGCUGCACGUUGUCAGGUUCUCUCCAGUUUGGACUUAACUGGAGCACAGCAGCUGCCUUCUCAGGUCCAGGCUGGGAUGCUCAACGCUCUGCCUGUCCUGCGCUCAUUGUCCCUGGCUGGUACCCUCUGUGAUGGGCGGGUAAUCAGGACACUUGCCAACAACUGCCCUUUGCUGCGCCACCUAGACAUAUCCCGCUGUCAUUUCCUUUCUCCUGCAGCACUGCUUCCUCUAGGAGGCAGGAUUUUCUCUUCCUCUGCUAGUCCUUCUACUUCAUCUUUGUGCUCUCUGGAUAUUGGGUUUGGGGAAGAAGAGGGAGAUCCGGUGGCAGUUGCAGCCUACCUCUUGCUCUCCUUACCACUCUUGGAAAAGGUGGCCAUCGAGGGCCUUGUUCAGGCCUGUAGUCUAAUCUACCAUAGAGAAUUCAGCCAAACAGAGAAGUUCGCGAGCAGAGAAGGACUCCUACCACUUGAAGAGGUCUGGGAUGAAAUGAGGAGGAGCAUGAUACAGGAGAAGGACAGAUAUCGGAAGAGCAAAGCGGGAGCGGUGGAUGAAGAAGACAUAGAGGAGGAAGCGAGGCUGUCUUGGGAGGUGCACGAGAGUGACUGUGACGAUGGAGAUGGUGAUACAAGAGGAGCGGUAGGGUCAAGCUAUCCUCAGAAAAACCCGAGAAGAGAAGGAGUCGUGGAAGACGGUGAAAAAUGUGUGGUGUCAAGGUCAGUAGAUGAAAGACUUGCAUUACGUCUGAAGGAUAUCCAGAGAAUAAAUUUUGCCUCCCUGGAGACAGUAGUCCGAUUGUGCCCUGAUGUCCACUCUGUAACUCUGGUCUUUGAUGAUGAGAGAGAUGACAGAGGAAGAAUCCAGGGCUCUAUGUUGGCCGCAGGCCUCCAGAACUGGUCAGGCCAACUGCGGAGCCUUUCAGUACAGUACCCAGGGCCUGUGGUGGAUCUCCUUCCUGCCCUGCAAGUUGUAGGCUCCUCCCUGGUCUCCCUCACCCUGGAGGGGGUGAUAACCAGUCCUCACACCCCUCUGCUGGAGGUCAUCCAGGCCUGUCCCAAGCUCAGAGAACUUUCCAUUUCUGCUGAGCCUCCUGCCAUUCUACAAGAGGAAGAAGAGCGGGACAACGGAGAUGAUCAGAACCUUCCAAGUCUGCCUCACCUCUCCUCUCUCACGCUACGGCCUGACAUGUCCUGGUGGGCUCUGAGGAGGGUGAUCAGGUGUCUCCUCUCCGGCUCUCCCUUUCUGGAGAGGGUUUCUCUGGUGGCCGUGCCUUGCCCUCUCGAUUCUGUAUUGCAAAACGUAAUGUCCAGACCUUACGGGAACCCGAGUUGUAACCAACGACAAGUGGCAGAUUCUUCACACCCUGGUCCCCUGCCGCUUGCAUGGCUGCAGGAGCUCUGCCUGGCCCACACCAAUGUUUCCAUAACGACAGUGACGGCUAUAGCGGAAAGGAGCAAGCGGAUCAAGUACUUGGACCUGAGCGGCUGCUGGAAAAUCACCUCACAUGAGUUUAUGAUAUUUCGAAUGUCCCAUCAUGUCAACCUAAUCUGCGAGUAUUAG